GUGUCAAGAGGGGGAUACAAGGUGGAGAUUCGAGAGAGAUAUAAAAUAAAAUAGUAAAAAAAAAAUAAAUAAAAUAUAUAUAUAGAAGACGAAUGGAGGAGACCCUGGACCGGAUGGCUUCAACGCAGGGGUUAUUACGAAAGAAGAAAAAAAAAUUCAUCAAAAUGAAGGAAUUGGAGCAUGAAACAUUGGUAAAACGUCCUUUAAAAUCAUUAUUAAAAAAGCCAAAUCAGAAUAAACAACGUACACAUAAAAAUCGUGUUGUUAUUAAUGAAAAAUUAAAUGAAUUUUUUGCUGCUGAUUAUAUUAUAUUAAUAAAAGAAGAAUGUUGUGCUGAUUAUGAAGAAGAAUGUGAUUGUUGUUGUCAAGAAACUGAAAUGAUUAGAGUUGGUAAUUGUAAAGAAUGUAGAGCUGAAUUAACAAGACAAUUAGCAAGUGGUAUUGAUCCACAUUAUGAUAAAAAUAAUAUUAUUAAUAAUUGUAUUAUAAAUAAUAAUAAUAAAAAAUUAAUAAAUGGUAAUGAAGAAUCACAAUGUGAAGAUGAAGGUGAAGAUGAAGAAGAAGAAUAUGAAGAAGAAAUUGAUGAUGAUUAUGAUGAUGAUGUUGAAUCAUCUGAAGAACAUUGUGAUAAUCGUAAUUGUAAUAAUAUUAUUGGUAAUCAUAAUCAAAAUAAAAGUGAUAAAUUAAUUAUUGUUGAUAAAAAUGGUAAAAAAAUUAAUGAUAAUUUUAUUAUUGAUAAUAAACAACAACAACAGCAACAACAACAUCAUGUUAUUGUUGAUGAUGAUAAAAUACAUCAACAACAAACUGAAACACUUAGUCCACCUGAGGGUUAUAAAGAUGUUUGUGAUGAUGAUGAUGAAGAUGAUGAUAAUAAUGAUGAUAAUGAUGAUAAUAAUGGUGAUGAUGAUAGACAAGUUGGUAAUUUAUUGCGUGAGGAUAUUUGUACUGGACCAGUUUGUGGUGAAUGUAAUUUCUAUCAUCAACAAAAACAGCAGCACCAGCAACAACAACAACAACAGCAACAUCAACAACAACAACAGCGCAACUCCGAUGACAAAGAUCAUGUUCAUGGACAAGUGGAACUGGAAAAGAUUGAGGGUGAAGAAGAGAAUUGUCAGGAGAGACUUGAUGAUGCUAUCCAGCAUAGAAGUGAUCAAGCACAACAAACAACCCCUGAUACUCAUCAACGCUAUCUCGUAGAGACAAUAACAAUGACAACAGUUACAGAACGUCGUAUUGUACGUGAAAUAAGUGAAGAUGAAAAAAGUCAUACAAAUAGUAUUGACGAGCCAGAUACCUCAAAUAAUAUAACAACAGCAUUACCAAUGAUUAAAGAUAAUAAUGAUACAAAUAAAUUAAAUAAUGAUGAUGAUGAAUUUAUAAUAACUAAAAAUGAAACAACACCAUCAUCAUUAAAACAAAAUAUAAAUAAUACCAAUAAUAACAGCAACAACAACAAUGAAGAUAACGACAAUGAAUCAUCAUCAUCAUCAUCAUAUAAAAAAUUAGUCAACAAUAGUCUCAAGCCAAAUUCAGCAGUACGUCAAUUAUUUCCAGAUCCACGUUUUAUAUCACCACCACCACCACCAUCAUCAUUAUCAACAAAAUCAUUAUCAUUAUCAACAACAGAUGAUACAACAACUGAUUCAGAUAAUUCAGAUGGACAAAAAUUUUUAAUAACAACUGAAAGUUUACGUUUAUUUGAUACAGUUAAACGUACAAAUAUAUCUGGUAAUCGUUCUGAUUCAUCUGAAAGUGAUACAUCAACAAUAAAACGUACAAUUGAACGUAAUGCAUUACGUAGAUCAUUAAUAUGUAAAUAUGAUAAAAAUAAUAAAAAAAUUAAUAAUAAUAAUUUACGUGGUAAAGAUUUAACACUUGAAGAACGUAUACGACAAUUAACAUGUAAUAUUGAUCAAGAUGAUGAUAUUAUUGAUAGUGCAUCUGAAACACAAUCAAUUGAUCAUGAUGAUGGUAAUAUUGAUUUUCCAAUAAGAACAUCACCAUCUGGUGAAGAACAACAACAAGCACAACAACAAUAUACACGUAAUGAUGGUCGUAUUGUACGUCAAAAUUAUAACAACAACAACAACAAUGAUAAUACAUUAUUAUCAUCAUCACCAGUACAACAUUUACAUCAACAUCAACUUCAUCAUCAUCAUCAUCAUCAUAGUCAUAAUCAUCAACACAAUAAUAGCAGUAAUAUUAAUAAUAAUAAUAAUCAAUCAGCAUAUCGUAAAAUAAGUGAUUUAUUUGGACAAAAAAAAUUAGAUAAUAAUAAAUUAAUGCCUGAUAUUGGUCUUGGUGAUUUAACAACAACAACAGCAACAACAACAUCAACAAAUUCAUCAUCAUCAACAUCAUCAUUAUCAUCAACAUCAACAUCAACACCAGCAUCAACAUUAAUGAAAGAUUUUACAAAAUCACAAAUAACUAAAAUGUCAAAUGAUGCUAGAAAACAAUUUUUAUCAUCUCUAGCACCAUUAUCAUGUGUUGGACAAACUGGUAUUGAUUGUAGAGAUGAUUAUUAUCAAUUAACAACAACAACAACAAAAAAAUUAUUAAAUAAUAAUGAAUUAUUACAAUGUUAUAAUUCAGAUUCAUCAUAUAGUCUUGAAGAUAUUGAUGAUGUAUUAAAAAUUGAUGAUAAAUAUAAUAAAAAUUCAUGUGGACCACCAGAUGUAACACGUGGUACACCAACUGGUAAUGGUCCUGAAUCACAAGAUGCAACAAAUGAUGAAUUACUUGCAUUUGUUGAACAAGAUAAAACACGUACUGAAAGGCUUAAACGUCGUUAUGAUACUGAUGACCAACAACAACAACAACAGCAACAACAACAUGAUUGUAGUAUAUUAAAAAAUUAUGAUAAUAAUAAUAGUAAUAAUAUUAAUAAUAAUGGUAAUGAUGAUAAUAGUAACAACAACAAUAAUAAUAAUGAUAAUAAUAUUAAUAAUGACGACGAUGAUGAUGAAUUAAAUGAUUAUGGUUUUAAUAAACGUCCAUCAGUAUGUGGUAUUAAACCAAAAACAGAUGAAAAUAAUGAUAUUAUUAUUAGAAAAAUAAAUAGUCAUUGUACAAUACCAUCAUCAACAACAAUAAUAAAUGAACAACAAAUACGUCCAUUAAAUUUAACAUCAUGGCAAUAUUAUGAACAUGAUAGUUUAGAUAAAAAUAUACAAUAUGUUGAUGAUACAAAUGGUAAUAUUUGUAUUGAUAAAAUACAUGAUGGACGUGAUAAUACAAUAAAACGUAUAAAUACAAUGCAACGACAAAUUGAUGAUAUUUAUCAAACAAUUGCUGAAACAACAGUAUCAGUUAAAGCUAAAACAAUGGAUCGUUGUGCAUCAUAUCAUGAAACAACAUCAUCAUCAUCAUCAACAUUACCACGUAAUUUAUCACGUUGUAGUAUUGAUGUACAAAAUACAAUACAACCACAACAACAACAAUAUCAUGAUCCAAGAAAUAAUAUACGUAUUGAUACAACAAAUAUACCAUCAACAAUAUAUAAUACAUUACCAACUAAAAAUCGUCGACAAACAAGUGGUAUACCAUUGACAAAUAAUAGUGGUUAUUCAUGUGGUGUAUUACCAAUUGAUAAUAAUAAUCAAAAAUGUUAUAGAACAAUGUAUUUUGUACCAUACAGUGGUUUAUCUGAUCCAACUUAUCAAAAUAUACAAAAAAUAUUACCACCACAUUCAUCAACAUUACCAACAAAUUAUGCAAAUCAUAUUGAAAGAUAUCCAUAUCCAAGAAAUAAAAAUGACGAACAAAUAAGUGGACAAACAUCAGCAAGAUAUUAUACAACAAGACAACCAAUUAGUGCUAAUAUUAAUAAUCAAAUAAUACAAACACAACAACAAUCACAACAACAACAACAACAACAACAGUUACAGCUACAACAACAACAAUUAUUACAAUUGCAACAACAACAACAACAGCAAUUACAACAACAUCUUCAUGGACAUCAAACAGAACAAGAUUAUCGUUAUUCAACAACACCAACAAUGCAAACUGGUAUACAAUUACAACAUCAUCAACAUAUAUCACAAUUAUCAACAUAUAAUUUACAAAAAAUGCCAACUUAUACUGUCAUGGCACCAUCAUCAAGAACUGGUAAUUAUUCAUAUUCACAAAUUCAUCAACAAGGAAGAAAUAUUCCAGCUGUUGUUUCUGCUACUGCUGCAACUGUUGCUUCAUCAUCAUCUUCAUCUUUAGUUGGUUCAUCAGUUGAUGUUUCAACUAUAAAUUCAAUACAAUAUAGUAAUGGUGGUAAUUUUAUUGGUAAUUUAGGUAAUACAUCAUUAUCAUCAUCAACAAGUUCUGUUUUAAAUUCACCAACUAAAUUACGUAAUAAUAAUAAUACAUGUAGUUUAGAAAGAGGUGUACCUGAAGGUGCUGCUAGUGCACCAGCACAUGAUUUUAUUGUAUCAACAAAUAAUGUUGUUGGUAAUACAUUUAUUGGACAUUCUAAUAAUUUACCACCACCAAAUACACAAAAUUCUAUUUAUUAUGCUAUGAAUGUUUGAAAUAUUGUACAACAAUAAAAUAUUUAAAUAAAUUCACAAAUAUUUAUAAAUACAAAAACGACAAAAUAUUAACUCGU